CAACAACCACUAGGUUCGGCGAAAGAGAGAUUUAUUUUCGUCUAUGAUAUCAUUUGUGAUGGUAUAAUUUACCAAACAUCAGACAUGGAAUCAAAACUAAUACUAUCCUUCGGAGCAAUAGCUGACAUUCAGUAUGCUGAUAUUGAGGAUGGAUACAAUUUUGCUGGCACUCGUGAAAGGUACUACAGAACUGCUCUUAGGAUGCUCAAGAGAGCUAUCUCCUCUUGGAACAACAACGAUAAAAGAAAACCAAGCUUUGUUCUACAACUGGGAGAUAUUAUUGAUGGCAAAAACAAGCCAAUAUCUGAAAGAGCGUUAAAUUCUGUUCUUGGAGAAUUUGCUCAAUUUGAUGGACCAGUGUAUCAUAUAUGGGGGAAUCAUGAAUAUUACAAUUUUUCCAGAAAAUUUCUUCUUGAUUCUCCAAUAUAUUCUGGUCUUGAUAAGAAUGUUGUUCCAGUGAAAAAUAAGGCUUACUACAUGUGUGUCCCUCAUCCGCAGCUUCGAAUACUUGCUUUGGACUGUUAUGAAAUUAGCCAUUUGGCAUGUCUGAAAGAUUCAGAAGAUUACAAAUUGGCUAGCCGGUACUUGGAAAUCAAUGCCAAUGAGGAUGUAAAUUGUUGCAAGGGACUAGAAGGUACAAAUGCAAGGUUUGUUCAGUACAAUGGGGCACUUAGUACCGAGCAAAUAGAUUGGAUUGACAAAAACCUGACAGAAGCUGAACAGAUGAAACAGAAUGUGAUUGUUAUAGGUCAUUGUGGUGUGUGUCCGGGAUCCAUCGAUAGCUCUUGCCUUUGUUGGAAUGCGCCGGAGGUCCUGCAAGUGCUGCAGUCCCACAGUAGUUGCAUGGUGGCAUAUCUGGCGGGCCAUGAUCAUUUCGGGGGAAUGGCAUGCGAUGAUCAAGGAAUCAUGCAUAUUACUUUUCCUGGUGUUGUGGAAAACAAGAGUGAGGCUGAUUUUGGCACAUUUUACAUGUACGAGGACAGACUUGAGCUUGUUGGCAAUGGAAGAGCCCAAACAUUGACACUGCGGCUACGGUACAUGUCAGGAAUCAGUUAAAUCUGAAUUCUUCUACCUAUGCAUGUACAAAUUUGUGUGUAAAAUGUUUGUUAAUUUACAUUUUUACAUAAUAUUUUAUCAAAACUAACUGUGAUAGUGUUUAUACCCCCCCCCCCUUUGAAGACGAUGGCAUAUAGCAGUCAAAUUUGUCUGUCUGUACAUCUGUGCAAAGUUUUCUAAAUCAGCCACAUUGUACCACCAUACAUGUAUUUGCAAGGACUAUGAAAUAAUUUGGCACAAAUGUCAAACACCAUAAUACAUGGUGUCUCGUGUUCCACUAUUUUCCUGACCUCAAAUAUCAAGGCAGCACAAAGAGGCCAAAGGUCAAAUUUUGCCAUUAACAGGUUGAACAUUCCUUUUAGCAAUUACUUAGAUAUAUAUUUAUAGAUAUAAAAAUUACCUACAAAAAGUGACCAACUUCACAAGACAAUACGUUGCGUCACUCUUUAUCGAAGGUCAAGGUCCCACUUUUUGGUGAAGGGUCAAAUUUUGUUAUAAACAGCUUCAACAUUCCUGUGUCAGCCAUAAGCAUGCCAUAAUAUACUGAUUUAUUUUGAAAUAAAUUACAACAGAUAACCACCCUCACAAGAUGUCGUGUAGCGUUUAACACCCAUCUCCCUACCCCAAAGUUCAAGGUCACACUUAGUGUUCAAAGAUCAAUUUUGUCCAUAAAAAGCUUAAAAAUUCCAGUGUUAGCAAUACCUGUGCCAUAAAUUGACGGAUUUUCACUGAUCUCCCUAGUUCAAUGGUCAAUUUUACAGGAGUCAAUUUUAAUACAGCUUUAAAUUGCCUGUCUCAGCCGGAUCUUUGCCAUCCCUUUAGAAGAAGGCAGCAUUUAGCAGUUACACUGUAAAUCUGUGUGAAGCUUCCUGUCUCAGCCAUUUUGUUGUAUAUUGAUGGAUUUUGAAAUAAUUUUGCUCAAAUGUCAACCAUCAUGGACAACAUGUCCCAUCUUACACCCAUCUACCUAACUCAAAGAUCAAGGCCAUACUGAUAUUUCAAAUGUCAAAUGUUAUGUUGCCAUAAACUGCUUGAACAUUCAAACACUGUACCUCAGCUAUAACUUUGCCAUAUAUGUAUGGAUUUUGAAAUAAAUUUCCACAAGACAAAAUAUUGCAUAGUCUAAGAGGUCAAAGGUCAUCUUUGUCCAUCAAAAAGCUUGACAAUUCCUGUCCCAGCCAUACAUUUGCCAUAUAUUGAUGGAUUAUUUAUUUAGUGGGCACACAUAUAAACCAUCAUAAGAUGAUGCAUCACAUGUAAAAUCUGUCUGCAUUCCAAGAAUGUCAAGGUCAUUCUUAGAGGUAAAAAGUCAAAUUUGACUAUGAAACAGCUUGUUUUUUUACAUUAAGGGGCAUCCGUGUCCUAUGGACACAUGUCUUUUUAUCUCAACUAUUAUAUAUAAAAUAUAUAUAGUGGAGCUAUCCUACUCACACCGGCGUCAGCUUAAGCGUCUGCGUUAGCGUGCAAAUGUAAAAGUUUUCGUAUUACCCCAAAUAUUUUCUUUGUCCCUUGGCAUAUUGCUUUCAUAUUUUGCAUACUUGUUUACCAACAUGACCCCAACCUAUAAACAAGAGCAGACAACUCUAUCAGACAUUUUGUCAUAAUUAUGGCCCCUUUUCCACUUAGAAUAUGCAUCAAAUGUUAAAGUUUGAGUACUACCCCAACUAUUUUCAAUGUCCCUUGACAUAUUGCUUUCAUAUUUUGCAUACUUGUUAACCAUCAUGACCCCAACCUAUAAACAAGCACAGACAACUGUAUCAAGCAUUUUGACAGAAUUAUUGCCCCUUUUAUACUUUGAAUAUGCAUGUUAUUGAUAAAUCUAUGUUAAAGUUUGCGUACUACCCCAAAUAUUUCCUAUAUCCUUUGACAUAUUGCUUUAAUAUUUUGCAUACUUCUUUACCAACAUGACCCCAACCUAUAAACAAGAGCAGACAACUGUAUCAAGCAUUUUGACAGAAUUAUUGCCCCUUUUAUACUUAGAAUAUGCAUAUUAUUGAUAAAUCUAUGUUAAAGUUUGCGUACUACCCCAAAUUAUAUUUCCUUUAUCCUUUUACAUAUUGCUUUUAAAUUUUGCAUACUUGUUUACCAACAUGACCCCAACUUAUAAACAAGAGCAUACCACUGUAUCAAGCAUUUUGACAUUCUUAUUGCCCCUUUUACACUUUAUAUAAUUGAACAUUUUGCUUAAAUUGCCAUAACUUCUUUAUUUGUGAUCACAUUUUAUUAUUACUUUCACAAAUUUACACUUACCUGAAUACCACAAUGGAUUCCAACCAAACAAUACCCCGCGCCCAUACUCAGAAUCCCUUCCCCCCAACCUCC